AUGAGUACUUACCAUUUUCUAAAGAGGUACUCAGACCUGGAACAGCAUUCGCUUUCUUCCAUCAAGCUUUCAAAGGUUUUAAAUACCAUCGAGCAAAUGAGCGGCGACUUGGAUACGGCAGCGCAAGAGCUAUAUCUGUAUCCUCCAUUUCCCAAACUGGAUCUAGUUUAUGUGGGGCCCACUUUCAUCGAGAAUGGCUCGCUGUCGCUCAAUUGUGAAUACAGCUUUACGAAAUUCAAAUGCCGUGUGCAAGGGCUCAUUCGCAGUGAAAAGACAUAUUUGGUGAACACAUAUUUGAGCGACUCGAAAUUUGAGGAAAUUGAGUUUCACGCUUCGUGGAAAAACAUGGUGCGGUUCUACAAGCUCAAUAGUCAUGAUGACGACAACACUUCGAACUUACGUCUAAUAGCAAACUAUCUGUUCCUUUUUGGCUUCAACGGUACCCACAUCCCUCUUUUUGCAUCCUCGUCCGCUGAGGUUGACUCGGUAAUUAUUGAGAAUAAGAUUGAGCUUUACAAUAAGAUUCAACGCACUAUUGGGGACUUCAUCAUGCUCGUCCAAUUAAAGAUGGUCAAUUUUGCGCUCAUUGCGGUUUCGUUCAUUGCUGUGCUUGUAUUGCAUCUGAUUCUGUAUUGGGUGCUGUACCUAGUGUCCGGCUUCCGGUCUAGGAAUAAUAUAGAAAACGGGCCACUGGUGAGUCCCGAGGAUGUAAUCGUGCAGGAUUACAACUCGCACUCCGACCACGUGAUACAUUUUGGCCAACCAAGGAAGCCCGAUUUGACUACCGGGGCUUCUGAUCUGGAGCAGCAGAACGACAAUAACGAGGACUUUCAGAUCCAGGAAUUAUCGGGUAAAAGCCGCUUCGCAUUUGGGCUUAUUAUAAUCUAUUGUCUCGUCCACUAUCUCGUGUACUACCUUAUUGAUUUCUUAAUUCAGCAGGCUAUCAACCAGAUCUUCCGCAGUGUUACAAACGGAGAGAUUGAGCUGAGCGGGCUCAGCAGCACGAACACGUUGGCUGCCACUUCUGGACUGUCAGAUGUGUCUUCAGCGUCCGAUGGCUCGAGCUGGAACAAUAAUGGCGGAGAGACGUUUACUUCGCUGCUGAAUAUCUGUGGCUUGAUUCUGAAUACGCUGAUAUUCAGUUUCUUCCACUACCUUUAUGGUAUUUUGGUGUACGUUUACACGCUGACCUGA